AUCUACCAUUUCCGCUUUUGCCAACGCCGCCGAUCUCGUUCUUCCCCUUUCCCUCCACACUACCGCCGAUGGCCUACUCACCGCCCCCCUGACGCCUUCAUCUCCUCCUCUUCCUACAACUUCACCUUCGACGGCUCGUCGAAGCCCUACCAUAUACGAGCGGCGUCUGCUCCUCCUCUUCGAAGACUCGACCGCUUAUCCUUCCUCCCCAUGGAGGUCAACGUCGUUCUGUUUCUCAGCUCCAACUUGUUCCCACCUCGAUAAUAGGUAGAUUUUGGGCUAUGAAUUUGGAGAUCAUAGGUUGUCUCUGAGAGAUCUCUGAGAGAUCUAAUUGUUCUGUGAUAUGGUAUCCGUUUGGUAGAUAUUUGGUUUGGUUUGGCGAUAGGAUGAAUCUGUAGCCGAAGGUCGUAGAGAAUUUGGCUGUGCUGGGGAUGGGACGAGAGAGGGGCGAAGAGGAGGAAGAGGGAAGGAGGAGAGGCCUCGAAGAAGGUGUUGGUGUUGCUGAUGCUGGUCGCCACCAUGUCUUGGACCGAAGUAAGGUCAGGAUUCUUCUUUGUGAUAAUGAUCCCAAGAGUUCCCAAGAUGUUCUACAGCUCCUCUGCAAGUGCUCCUACCAAGUAAUUUCUGUGAAAUCUGCUAGACGGGUGAUUGACGUCCUUAAUGUCCAAGGAUCAGAAAUUGAUAUCAUUCUUGCAGAAGUUGACCUACCAAUGGUCAAAGGAUUCAAGAUGAUGAAAUAUAUAGCAAGGAAUAAGGAGCUGAGACACAUUCCUAUUAUAAUGAUGUCGGCUCAAGAUGAGAUUUCAGUGGUUGUAAAGUGUUUGCGACUUGGAGCAGCUGAUUAUUUAGUAAAGCCAUUGCGCAUGAAUGAAUUGUUGAACCUCUGGACCCAUAUGUGGAGAAGGCGGCGCAUGCUUAAUAUGAGAGAGAAGGAUGUCUUCAGCCAUGAUUUUGAGAUGCUGUUAUCAGAUCCUAGUGACGCCAACACAAAUAGUACAAUUCUUAUAUCAGAUGACACAGAUGACCAAUAUAUGGUCAUGAAUCCAGAAUCGAAGGUGUUAAAUAAUCCUGAAUGUGAGUCCAAUCUCUCUCCCAUCGAGGCUACCUGCAAAAAUUCUUUGGACGAUGUACAAAGUACUUUAGUUGAUUCUGAUCGGGCAGGAACUAUGUCAUUGCUAGUGUUGGCAGGGAGAUUGUUAUCUUUACCUAAGAAGACCCAGUUAAAAGUUGGUGAAUCUUCUGCAUUUUUGUCUUAUGUUAAGUCAAAUGCACCAAACAGAACCCCAAAUGUUGGCGUUGACAUGAACUCUGCUCCAUCACUACCUUGGAUUUCUGAAGAGCAUUCUAUUGAAGUAGGUGGUACUCACGGCAACAGCAAAUUGGUGCCAGAAGGUUAUACUGUUGGAAAUGGUGUCGAAACAAGCAGGAGGAUAUGCAAUAUUGACUUUCAGACACCAUUAUUAAACCAAUCUUCUUCCACUGAGGAGCCACAGCUAAGAAAUGAGGGUAGUGACACUUCCUGCAUUCCAACUUUGUACCCCUUUCCAUUUUGUUAUCGAGGGAUGGUGAAUCAGACAAUGAUACCUUCCCCUGGUCAGAUGUUUCAGGGUGGCUUCAAUGAUGUGCAAGCACACACUGCACCCCCAUUGCUACCUCAGUACAAUCAGUACAAUGUUGUUCCUUAUAUGCCUCUGAUACAAUCGUUCCCGUGCCUGCCAAUGGGUACAAACUCACAAUCAAGUCAUUCGGCAACGCAAUGGUCAUCCAUGCCCAGCUCUUCUGCACCGGAAGUGAAAUCUAGUCGGACAGAAAGAAGAGCAGCUGCAUUAGUGAAGUUUAGGCAGAAGAGAAAGGAUAGAUGCUUUGAUAAGAAAAUUAGAUAUGAAAAACGGAAGUCCCUUGCUGAAAGAAGACCACGGGUACGAGGGCAGUUCGCGAAGCAAGUUAAUAAUGCGGAUCUUAAUCAAAAUAUGUUCAGUGGAGGUGAUGUUGAUUCUGAGGAUGACGACGAAGAUGGUGAGCCAACAUCCAGGGAUCUCGAUCUUGUCUCUUCUCCUGAACAGAAUGCUUCUGAUUGAUAGUGUCAACAUGGCAAUUGUAUCAUAGACCCUAGCAUUGUAAACUUUUUGCAAUAAGCAUGUUGCUUAUAGCAAAAGUGUGAUUAGGAGAGGAGUUGGACGUGGAAGGUUGAGGCCCUGUUGUUGUCAUGCAUAUUUUACAUUAUUUACAAUAAAUUCCUUACGAACAUUUGCUGGUUA